GUUGCGGUGAAAAGUUAGGUUCUGACUUUCGUGUGUGAGUUUCGUCGUGUAAAGCGGGCGGGCGGGCAGCGUUACCGAAGGUGGGGAGACCAAUCCAAUCCACAUGCACGAGCAUGAGGGACCGGACACAUGAACUCAGGCAUGAGAAUGGCUGUAAUGCAGAUGAGGAUGAGGAUGGUGAGGUGGUCGUUGACGUGAUGAGAGGAUUCAUGGAGGAUUUCUUUCAGCAGGUGGAGGCGGUAGAGGUGUGUAUCUCCUCUCUGUCUCAGAAGGUCGAGGAGGUCAAGAGGAAACACAGCAACAUACUGGCAACACACAGUCCUGAACCGGACGUGAGGGCGGGACUUGAGGCGCUGAUGAUUGACAUUAAGCAGCUGGCCAAUAAGGUUCGCUCCAGUUUAAAGGGUAUUCAGCUAUCAAUUGAUCAGGAAGGGGAACAAAACACAUCAUCAGCAGAUCUGCGGAUACGCAAGACUCAGCAUGCUACUCUGUCCCGCAGGUUUGUGAGUGUGAUGUUGGAGUAUAACACAGUCCAGUCUGACUACCGGCAGCGAUGCAAGACACUGAUACAACGGCAAUUAGAGAUUACUGGUAGGACUACAACCAAUGAGGACCUGGAGACAAUGUUGGAGAGCGAGAACCCUAACAUCUUUACCACUGGAGUGGUGUUGGAUUCCAAGAUGGCAGCGGCGAUGAGUGAGAUCGAGUCGCGGCAUGAUGACAUCAUCAGGCUGGAGACGAGCAUCAGAGAGCUGCACGACAUGUUCAUAGAUAUGGCCAUGAUUAUAGAGAACCAGGGAGGGCUAGUUAAUAACAUAGAGAGGAACGUGUCCAGUGCUGCGGCGUACGUGGAGAGGGCAAAGGAGGAGACCAAACACGCCGUUCUCAUACGCAAAAGUGGACGCAAGAAGCUGUUGCUGAUUGGCGGUUGUGUGGCUGUCAUUCUAGCUGUUCUCAUCACCUCAUUGGCCCUUGGCCUCAGCUAG